AGAAGACAAUCGCGAGUUCUUGGUAUGUUGGUUGUCCGCAAUUCAGGUUGGCGAGGCAGACAAGAUGAUAUCAGGCGUAUCUCCAGGCAUCUACUGUCGCCUAGCAUGUUACGCCCCUCUCAAUAUUUAAUAUCAUCAUACUUCCCUCGCCGUCUCAUAAUAUCUAGUUCCAUCUUCGCCUCACAUCGUUCAUUUUGGACCCGAAAUACAGCCCACGCAGAAACAAUGACACCACGAACAUCUAUCGACGAGUUUAAAGAGCUCGUUAACUCUAGCAACCGCGUUCUAGCUCUCUGCGGAGCCGGGCUAUCAGCCGCUUCGGGACUCCCCACGUUCCGCGGCGCUGGCGGUCUGUGGCGCAACCACGAACCCACAUCUCUCGCGACGCCAAAUGCGUUCAGAGAAGAUCCAUCCCUCGUCUGGCUCUUCUAUGCGUGGCGCAGACACAUGGCGCUCACAGCCAAGCCAAAUCGCGGCCAUUACGCCCUCGCCGAGCUAGCCAAGAAGAAAACUAAUUUCCUAUGCCUAACUCAGAACGUUGACGGUCUUUCGCCACGUGCCGGACAUCCAGAUGAGAAACUCCGGCUGCUCCACGGCAGCCUGCUUGAUAAUAAGUGCUUCAAUGAUUGUGGCUACAUCGAUCGGAAUAAUCUGAGCGACCCGGUAUGUCCCGCUCUCGCGCCCGCGGCGGACGAUUAUCCACCUGAUAAGACGAUGCCGUUGCUCGAUCCAAACGUCCCCGUGCCGUUCGUCAAGGUGGAGGAUUUGCCGCACUGUCCGAAAUGCAAGACGGGAUUGCUAAGACCGGGCGUGGUUUGGUUCGGUGAGUCGCUUGAUAUAGUGAUGAUCGGGGGAGUCAACGAAUGGAUUAGGCGGGAUCAUAUCGAUAUUAUGCUAGUAAUCGGGACAGCGGCCGUCGUUUAUCCCGCUGCGGGCUACACGCAGAAGGCUCGGGCGAAGGGGGCCGUUGUCGCAGUGGUGAACCCGGAUCUCGACUCGGCCCUGGGGUUGUCGGAUGAGGACUUCUUUUUCCAAGGUGAUGCCUCUGAGAUUCUUCCGCAACUUUUUGAGGGAGUUAUUGGGGAAAUGGAUGAGCAUGGGAAGAUUCGGUGAAGUUGCGGAACACCUACUGCGGAAUAUUGCGGAAUAACAGUUGCUCUCUUAUUGACGAUACUAACUAGUUGGUAUUAUUCACAUAUGAUCAUUGAGAAGAGCAGUCGUAAUUCUUAAUGUGUACGGAAUAAUGGUAGAUUCGCUCGGAUAUUCAGAGGAGGUGAGUUGAGGGGAGGUGAACAGCGACAAAGUCUAUAUCUCUACCUAUACAUCGCCCUAUCUGGCCCUCAUCUCUCAAAGUAAUACUAUGGGUGUUAAAUCUAUUCUGGGAUAAUCAAUUGCUAUUUUAUAUCCAAAUAGCGAGUCUAAGCAGAUGGAUACGAGAAAAUGUACUCACACUUCGUCUUAA